CAGGGAUAAUCAGGGAUAGCAUAGGCCAGCGUUUGUGUGGUCUUAAAGGACAAUACAGCACAGGCGUUCCUGUACAAGAAGCAGUUAAUCCAGGUGAAUCUUGUGUCCUAGAGUCCAAGACAUCCAGCCGUGCGUGAUCCUUUUUGUGUUUGUGUGUGUUUGUCUGUAUUGGUGCGUUUGUGGUAAUCGCACACUGCUGCGGUGUGUAUGCAAAAGUGUGUCCUGUACGUCCGUCGUGCGCACGAGCGCCACACCGCCGCGACAACGUGAUUGAAUCGAACCAACGAGAGCAACCCACCUUCGGUUUUCGGUCCAUGGUUUGCUGUGCUGUGCGUGUCCGUGGACAAGUGGGUUAGGAGCUGCUACACGGGUAAACUCUCUGUUCGCUAAUCAGCACAGUGACCACCCCCACCUAAGGCCUUUGGUCGAACCUAUAGUGACCAUCGCGACCUCAUCGCUUAUUAAUCUAAUUUGAAACCGCGCACAUCGGACAACAACCUGCCCAUCAAAGCAGGCGUUGAGCUGCAGCCGACUACGCUUCAGUGGAUCGGAGCAGUGCAAAUCAGUGAUCAGGCAGCAUGAGUAGUGCUUCUUCUUCGACCGCUGCCGCAUCCGCUGCCGGAAGUAGUACAGCGAGCGGUGCCACCGACCGUUCCGGCGGACCGCAAGUCCCGAACGGCCAGCCACCGGUAGAAGGUGGCAAUGGUGGGACAGGUGGUCGUGGCGGCGGAAGUGACAGUGCUGGCAGUAAUGGCGGUGGUAGUAGCAACCUGGACCAACCCGGAGGCUCGACCUCGACGAACGCUACGACGACAACGGGGGCGACGGCAGCAGCAUCGGGCACCACAGCGGCCGUUGUGCGGCGGAAAACGAACGUCUGUCUCAUCUGCGGCAUCUAUACCAAUCUGUCUUUUAACAUUUUUGAGCCGCGCAACGGGCCCAACAUCAUCGAUGUCAUCUACGAAAAGUACAAAUUUCGGGCGGAACGGGGUGAUAAUGCGGACAAGCACAUCUGCUUUAGCUGCAACAACUGGCUGAUCAAUUGGUACUCGCUUCAGAACACUUCGGGCUCGCGAACCUAUGAGCCCACACCAUCGACCAGCCGCUCGUCGGACAGCAGCAAUAACCGCCACAGCCACAAACGAACCAAACACUCCCGCGGCGGCGGCAGUGGAGGAAAUGACAAAGAGAACGUCCGAAGUGCUGGAUCACUGUUGCGAUCGAUGCUCGAGCAGCACGAUCAAAUAUCCUCGACAACGGCACCAAUCGACGACUGUGGUGCAAAAGACCCAAAGGAUGAGUCUACGAUCGCGACCAAUGCAUUGCCCUACGCUAAACGCAUAUGUCGCGCUAUGAUACCCUCUGCUAGUAGAUACAACCGAAGGGUUGUGCUUAAGGAAAACUAUUGCCAACCAUCAUCAUCAUCUAACGUCGGUGCGUCUCAGGUACUAGUACGUCGGAACGUACGAACGCGCUUCACCAAUCGAGAGGCGGACGUGGAAUCCGUUGCAGAGGUGACGAGCACGACAUGCGAGCUGGAUCCCAGCACGAUGAUACGCAAGAUGUUCGAGGGUCAGCUGAUCCGUAUGCUCGAGGGUCAGGGUACGAGCGUAACCCGUGAAGCUAUACCAUCGAAAGAAGAAGUAGCAAUCGCUAGAACGAACCAAAUACAUCCUCAAUCAGCCAGAUCCGGACCACCACGUGCGGCGUCCAAUUUGGACCCGCUUCAGGGAUCCGGUGGAGUGGAUACGAACGGGAAUAUGGACGCUCCCGAGAACAUCGAUGUAAUCCUAAGCUUCGAUUCUGCCAUUUCGGAGGUGAUUGGUGCGGUGCCAUCGCUAAAAGCAUCGUCGCAACCACCUAGCAGCGGUUCCUCUUCGGCCUCGUGUGACAACGAGACAUUCCUGCGAUCAUUGCUCGAUAACCAUCGGCAGCUGUACGAGGGGCUUACCGUGUCGGUCAUCGGUGGCAAUCGCUCGCAGUAAUUCCAGUCCAUACCUUCCAAACACCCUCUACGCUGUUCGCUGUAUUAGUAAAUGUCUGUCGAAAACAGUGUGCAACGUGGCACACUGCGAUCAUCCGUUGUCCGGCGAAAUCAAUCAUGUCGCCGAGGAAACACUUUAUCAGCGUAGCAUGUGCACCAAAUGGAUCCUGAAUCCACUUGUUAGAGAAGAACGUCGAGUGUUUUAGGUGUACUAAAGCGAUAUUGUUACGAGUAUUACUAGAGAGGCUAGAUGGCAUCUACAGACGGUUGAGGUGACAUGCGAAGCGAUUGAGACAGUUAAACAAAUUACUCUUACAGUCCCGGAAAAAUGUUGAAUCGGUCCGAUUUAGUUCGAUUCUGCUUAUGCCAGAGGAAUCCUCAUAUGUAAUACCUUUCAUUCUCGAUUCCGUUACAUUACACUAUAGUGACGAAACCGCUUCUAUUCGUGUGAGUGUUAUGUUUCUGUGAUUUCGCGUUGUUUUAAUUUUUUCGCUUCAGCGCUAUUAAGAACGUUUCGAUCUCAAUUUCCGUGUACCAACUAUCGAAAGAAGCUAUUUAAUAACGUAGACCUGCUUACAAUGAACAGUAACUUACCUUAUAGAGCAUAUGCGAAAUUAAGCAAAGACCGGAAGUGCGUAGAGAGCAAGAGGGAACAAAUUUUAUGUUUUGAGUACAUCAUUCAUUCCAAACGGCAAUCGUCCUUGU